AUGGCAGCGGAGGGAGAUGUCGAUUUGGACCUCGAAGCCGAGGAAAACUGCACUGGGAAGCCCGUGGAAAAGCCGAGGAAACAUGACAGCGGGGCCGCUGAUUUGGAGAGAGUCACGGACUACGCCGAGGAGAAGGAAAUCUCCAGCUCCGACUUGGAAACGGCCAUGUCUGUGAUUGGAGACCGGCGGUCCAGAGAACAGAAAGCCAAACAGGAGAGAGAGAAGGAGCUGGCCAAAGUCACCAUUAAGAAAGAGGACGUUGAGCUAAUUAUGUCUGAGAUGGAGAUCUCUCGGGCGGUGGCUGAGCGCAGCCUGAGGGAGCACAUGGGCAACGUGGUGGAGGCCUUGGUGGCGCUGACCAACUGA